CUUAACAAGUACACGAUACAAGCAAUGCAACUGGAACCGGAUUCACUGGAGCUGAAACCCAAUGAGCCAGGUCUGCCGGAAUUCCGAAUUCGUGCAAAGGAUGUCCAGUCCGUAGAAUAUGUUCGACAAGCAUGGCUAAAAGAUAUACAGCAGAUGAAGGAAAGCGCCGGUCGAAGGUUUUUUCGGUUUUUCUGCGUUUUUGCAUAUAUGCAAACGCAAAAAGCAUAUUGUGACGAUCCAUGA